GGGCCGCUGGGAGUUGUAGUCCGCUCGUUGCCAGCCGAGUGUGCGCGUCAUGGCGGUCGACGCGGGGCUCGCGCCCUCUUCCGCUCGGCUUCAGAAAGUUUCGGUUCGUCCGGGCGGGGGGCCCACGGCCGCGUCCACCAUGGAGCCUGACCGCCGCUGACGGACAGCCUCUUUCCAGACCCACACGGCCAGGAAGGGUGGCCUCACCAUGGCUUCUUCCAGCGCGGAGAGCCAGUUGCAGAGGAUCAUCCGCGAUCUACAAGAUGCGGUGACAGAACUAAGCAACGAAUUCAAGGAGGUGGGAGAACCCAUCACCGACGACAGCACCAGCUUGCACAAGUUUUCUUACAAGCUUGAGUAUCUCCUGCAAUUUGAUCAGAAGGAGAAGGCCAGCCUCCUAGGUCACAAGAAGGACUAUUGGGACUACUUCUGUGCCUGCCUGGCCAAGGUCAAAGGAGCCAAUGAUGGGAUCCGCUUCGUCAAGUCCAUCUCGGAGCUCCGGACGUCUCUGGGGAGAGGACGGGCCUUUAUCCGCUACUCACUGGUGCACCAGAGGCUGGCGGACACCUUACAGCAGUGCUUCAUGAACACUAGAGUGACCAGCGACUGGUACUAUGCACGAAGCCCUUUUCUGAAGCCCAAGCUGAGCUCAGACAUCGUGGGCCAACUCUAUGAGCUGACCGAGGUUCAGUUUGACCUGGCCUCCAGGGGCUACGACUUAGAUGCUGCCUGGCCAACGUUCGCCAGGAGGACGCUGGCCACUGGCUCUUCUGCUUAUAUGUGGAAACCCCCCAGCCGAAGCUCCAGCAUGAACAGUUUGGUGAACAACUACUUGCAGACUCAGGAGGUGGCCUCCAGCUUUGACUUGAGCGGCCAUCUGAACAACGAGGCGCUGGAGGGCUUUGACGAGAUGCGGCUGGAGCUGGACCAGUUGGAGGUGCGGGAGAAGCAGCUUCAGGCGCGCUUAGAGCAGCUGGACCGAGAGAACCAGGAGCUGCGGGCCACCGUCAGGCUGCAGGAGCAGCGGCCGCAGGCAGAGCCGGACAGGGCGUGCCCCGAGGCGGAGGACAGUGGCCGCCUGGCGGGCCUGCUGGCCGAGCUCCAGACGCAGUGGAAAGUGUCCCAGGACACGCAGGACACCGUGCGGGAGCUGCUGGGCUGCCUGCGGUCCCUGGAGCUGGGGAGCAGCACGGAGAAGGACGCGCAGGGCCGCUCCGCGCUGCAGCGCGUGGAGGCCCUGCUCCAGCCCCUGGCCCAGGAGCUCCAGGCCACGCGCGACUCCCUGGGCCCCAGCAGCCAGCUGCUAGCCAGCCUGUCAGACUGGCUGGCCAGGGCCGAGAGGGAGUCAGCGGCAGCCCCGGCCCCGGCGCGGCAGCAAGAGCCCACGCCCGCCGCGGCCCCGGACGCCCCGGAGCUGAAGGAGAAGCUCCACGAGCUGAGCGGGCAGCAGGGCGCGCAGCUGGCGCAGCUGGCCAGCGAGCUGCAGCUGGCCACGGAGGCCCGGGCGGGCCUGGAGCUCCAGGUGCGGGACAUGGCCCCGCUCCGGGAAGAGCUGGCCGCCGAGAAGCAGGAGGCGGCCCAGCUCCGGCGGCAGCUGCAGGAGUCGCGGGCGCGCCUGGGCGCGGUGGAGGAGGAGCUGGCCGAGACCCGGGCGCAGGAGCAGCGGCGGCGGCAGGAGACCGAGCUGCUGGAGCGCGAGGCCCGCGCGCUGUCGUGGCAGCUGCAGCUCCUGGAGACGCAGCUGGCGCAGGCGAGCCUGCGCGUGAGCGAGCUGGAGGAGCAGAGGAAGCAGCUGCUCCGGGACAAGGAGCACCUCGGCCAGCAGCUGGCCCCGGAGGAGCCCGCUCCCCAGGCAGCGGGGGGCAGCACGGAGGAGGAGCUCCGGCAGGCCAACGCGGAGCUGCGCAAGGAGCUGCAGAGCAUGGCGGGCCGGAACCAGCUCCUGGAGGGCAAGCUGCAAGCCCUGCAGGCCGACUACCAGACCCUGCAGGGGCGCGAGGUGGCCAUCCAGGGCUCGCUGGCCUCGCUGGAGGCGGAGCAGGCCAGCAUCCGGCACCUGGGGGAGCAGAUGGAGGCGAGCCUGCUGGCCGUGAGGAAGGCCAAGGAAGCCAUGAAGGCCCAGGUGGCGGAGAAGGAGGCGGCCCUGCAGAGCAAGGAGGGCGAGUGCCAGCGGUGGCGCCAGGAGGCCCUGCAGUGCCGGCAGCUGGCAGAGUCGCGGGAUGGGGAGCUGAAGGCCCUGGAGAGCCAGUGUCACCAGCAGACCCAGCUGAUCGACACCCUCACGGCCGAGAGAGGCCGCGAGGGGCCUGAGCCAGCCCCGGGGGACGCAGCCCAGCCCGAGGCCCGCCCAGGGGAGGCCCGGCGGCUGCAGGCCGAGGUGGGAGCCCUCCAGGCCAAGCUCCGGGAGGCCCUGGGUGAGCGGGACAGGGCGCAGAGCCAGCUGACGGUGGCGGAGGCCGUCCUGCAGGAGCACAGGGCGCUCGUGCAGCAGCUCAAGGAGCAGAACGAGGCUCUCAACAGGGCCCACGUCCAGGAGCUGCUGCGCUGCUCAGAGCAAGAGGGGGCGCAGCCCGAGGCGCGGGCCACCGCCGCCCUGCAGGCGGAGCUGCUGCCGGUGGCGUGCGGCUCGGAGGACGCGCAGCUGGAGCACGCGGAGCUGCAGGAGCAGCUGCACCGGGCCAACACCGACACGGCCGAGCUGGGCAUGCAGGUGUGCGCGCUGACGGCCGAGAAGGAGCGGGCGGAGGGGGCCCUGGCCGCCGCCGCCCAGGAGCUCCGCGACUGCAAGGAGGCGGCGGCCAGGGCGGCAGCCGGCCUGCAAAGCCAGGUGGCGGCGCUGCAGCAGGAGAACGAGCGUCUGCACGACACGCUCCGGAAGGCCGAGGCGGCGGCCGGCUCCCUGCCCGGCCUGCAGGCCCAGCUGGCCCAGGCCGAGCGGCAGGCCCAGAGCCUGCGGGAGGCCGCACGCCAGGAGCAGGACACCCUCAAGUUCCAGCUGAGCGCGGAGAUCAUGGACUACCAAGGCAGACUGAAGAUCGCUGGUGAAGAGGGGGAACGCCUCCGGGCCCGGCUGGAGGAGCAAGGCCGGCAGCUGCAGGCCGCGGAGGCGGCCGCGGCCGAGCUGAAGGCUUCCCAGGCAGCCGUGGGAGAGAAGCUCAGCUGCACCAGUAGCCGUCUGUCUGAGUGCCAGGCCUCCUUGCUGCAGAAGGACAAGGAGCAGGCCGCUCUGCGGGAAAACCUGGAGAGGACGCAGAAGGAGCUGACCAACGCCUCAGCCAAGAUCCAAGAGUAUCACACCAAACUGUGCCAGGAGGCCACAGACCGCGAGAGGAGCGACCAGAAGCUGCUCGCAGACCUGGAUGACCUCAACCGAACCAAGAGGUACCUGGAGGAGCGACUGAUCGAGCUGCUCAGGGACAAGGACGCGCUGUGGCAGAAGUCGGACGCGCUGGAGUUCCAGCAGAAGCUGAGCGCCGAGGAGCGGGGCCCGGCCGCGGCCGCCAGCCACUGCCCCGACUGCGGCCGCGAGUUCAGCUGGAUGGUGCGGCGCCACCACUGCAGGCUCUGCGGCCGCGCCUUCUGCUACUACUGCUGCAACCACCACGUCCCCGCCCAGCCCGGCGGCCGCCGGGAGCGCUGCUGCCGCGCCUGCGCCCUCCAGCUCGGCGCGCCCGACUCGCCCGGCAGCACCAGCUCGGGCGCCAGCCAGGGCGAGCCCAGCCCCCGGCCGUCCCCCACCCGGGCGGCGCCCCGCGCCCUCGAGGGCCAAGGAGCCGCCCCCGACAGCCGAGCCCCCGACGACGCCGUGUUCGACAUCAUCACGGACGAGGAGCUGUGCCAGAUCCAGGAGUCGGGCUCCUCCUUGCCGGAGACACCCAGCGAGGCCGACGCCCUGGACCCGAGCGCGGCUGAAGCAGACACCGCGCCCAGCCCCCUGACGCCCGAGGACGCCGAGGACGCGCCCGGGGGCCAGGACACCGAGAUCUGCCUGCUCAAGUCCGGGGAGCUGAUGAUCCGGCUGCCGCUCACGGUGGAGGAGAUCGCGGGCUUCGGCGAGGGCAGCCGGGAGCUGUUCGUGCGCUCCAGCACCUACAGCCUCAUCCCCAUCACGGUGGCCGAGCCGGGCCUCACCAUCCGCUGGGUCUUCUCCUCCGACCCCAAGAGCAUCUCCUUCAGCGUGGUCUUCCGGGAGGCGGAGGACACGCCAUUGGACCAGUGCAAGGUCCUCAUCCCCACCACGCGCUGCAACUCGCACCGGGAGCACAUCCGCGGCCAGCUCAAGGCGCGCGCGGCCGGCGUCUACCUGCUCAUCUUCGACAACACCUUCUCCAGGUUUGUCUCCAAAAAAGUGUUCUACCGCCUGACGGUGGACCGGCCGGUCAUCUACGACGGCAGCGACCUCCCCUAGCGGACGGCGGACCGACGGGCCCCACCCGGCCCCGCUCCCCGCGACACUACAGGCCCGACCGCCCCGC